GGAACCUUGGCGCGGUGACGCCGGUUUCCGGCGGGCUCCUUAGAGCGGCGGACAGCUGUUUCCCGGAGGAUCAUGAGAGGGCCCGAGCCGGGUCCCGAACCCACGAUGGAAGGGGACGUUCUGGACACACUAGAGGCGCUGGGGUAUAAGGGACCACUGUUAGAAGAGCAAGCCCUUACCAAGGCAGCUGAGGGUGGACUAUCUUCACCUGAGUUUUCAGACCUCUGUGUUUGGUUAGGCUCUCAAAUAAAAUCAUUAUGCAACUUGGAAGAAAGUAUCACUUCAGCUGGGAGAGAUGAUCUAGAAAGCUUCCAGCUUGAGAUAAGUGGUUUUUUAAAAGAAAUGGCAUGUCCAUAUUCUGUACUCAUAUCAGGAGAUAUUAAAGAGCGUCUAAAAAAGAAGGAUGACUGCUUGAAACUUCUAUUAUUUUUAAGUACAGAACUUCAAGCUUUACAGAUAUUACAAAACAAGAAACGUAAAAAUUCUCAAUUAGAUAAAAACAGUGAAAUUUAUCAGGAAGUUCAAGCUAUCUGUGAUACCCUUGGUGUUCCCAACUCAGCGACUUCUGACAUUCCACUUAUGUUAAACCAAGUGGAGUCAAAGGUGAAAGAUAUUCUCUCAAAAGUCCAGAAAAAUCAUGUGGGAAAACCACUGUUGAAAAUGGAUUUAAAUAUGGAACAAACAGAACAACUGGAAAGAAUCAACGAUGCUCUUUCCUGUGAAUAUGAGUGCCGUCGGCGGAUGUUGAUGAAGCGAUUGGAUGUAACAGUGCAGUCCUUUGGAUGGUCUGAUAGAGCAAAGGUGAAAACAGAUGACAUAGCCAGAAUUUAUCAGCCUAAGCGUUAUGCUUUGUCACCCAAGACAACGAUUACAUUGGCACAUUUACUUGCUGCUCGUGAAGAUCUUUCCAAGAUCAUUAGGACAAGUAGUGGCUCUAGUCGGGAGAAGACGGCAUGCGCCAUUAAUAAGGUGCUGAUGGGAAGGGUGCCUGACAGGGGAGGACGGCCAAAUGAAAUCGAACCACCACCCCCUGAAAUGCCACCUUGGCAAAAGAGACAAGAAGGCGGCGGAAGGGGUGGUUGGGGUGGAGGUGGGGGUAGAGGAGGUGGUGGGGGUGGAAGAGGUGGCUGGGGAGGUGGUGGGGGAGGGGGUGGAGGGUGGGGAGGAGGUGGGGGAGGGGGUGGUAGAGGAGGCAGGGGAGAUUAUGGGGGGAGGGGAGACUAUGGGGGGAGAGGGGGCUAUGGUGGAAGAGGAGGCUAUGGUGGAAGAGGUUAUGGAGAUCCAUAUGGAGGAGGAGGUGGUGGUGGAUAUAGAAGAUACUGAAAGGUACAAAAAUUAGAUAGCAGUGCUUACUUUUUGAUAGCUACAUUAGGCAUAGUGUUGUAAAGAACAUAUUUGAAUGUCAUCUAUGAAGUAAACACUGUUAGAUUCCUUGAUAUCAUUCUUGAAUUGGGUUAAUAUGUAAGAACAUUGUUUAAUACUGUAUGAUUUCUUGGACAGAGUGAUGAUUUUUUUUCAUAUUUGUCUACCCUUGAGCAUGUUAUGUCUUUUUAAAAAACAAAAAAAGUGAGUAAAGGCUAUUUUUAAAAUUGUAAAUAUUAACAUCAGACUUGGAAAAAUGGAAAGUAUUUUAUUGUCAUGAUUGAAUUUAGAUUGUUACCUGUAUUUUAUUCAGGUUUGACACACAUAAAACAGACCCCACUUGUUAUUAGA